AUGGGCUAUUCUGAGUUCUACUGCCAUCUUUGUGGUGUGAGCUUCAACAUCAUCUUUCGAUUAAAGUCUGGGGAGCUGGACGUGCCUGGUCCCCAAGACCGCCAAUGCGAUGAGACGGACACGGGCCAUUCUACAGAUAAUGACGACACGGCUCAAGAUCCUGAUUAUCAAUCCCAAAGAGAUUAUGAGGACAAUGAGCCAUAUGAAUAUGACUCUGACUACGAAUCGACCGACGGCAUGGGCCUUGACGGAGAAGAUGCGCAUGACAGGGAAGACAGCGAAGACAGCAGUACUGAUGCAAAUAAUGAAUCCGAAGGUCAAAUGUAUUACGGCUGGGUAUUGCAAACGUUUAAUCCGUGGAGCGCCACGAGGGGAGAUCCGGAACUGCGCGUUGGUUACUUUGAUAGUCCAAUGUCGGGCUACUCGGCUGAUGCCAUCUCACCGGAAGAGGCAAGAGGCUGUCGCACUGCCCAGUUCCUGAUGCAUAAAAUCCCUCCGAGGGAUCAAUGGCAGGCUGACGAGAUACAUGCGCCCUGGGAGAUCAAUGGGGAUUGGUCUUUAUCCGGAAUUUGUGAUGGAACGCCAUCGCGCGAUACGGGCAUCCCAACGGUGUGGCCCGCGCGAAAUGGGAUAGCAGAUGUAGAGACGGACAAUGUGAACUUUGGGGUGCAAGAGACAGCACCAAAUGAUAUAGCCAUGCCGUUCCAUCCGUGGUGCUUUGAUAUCUUCUGCCGACAAUCCAAAGUCCAGUUUCAGCGCGUCAACGUGUCAGGACUGAUGAACUGGCGCAAUGCCGAGUUUGACUGGGAUGCCUUUGAAUCAUUUCCUCGAGCUAAAGAUGUUAAACGUUCACAGCAGCAAUGGUGGUCCCAUGAGUCUGGUACCGAGUAUCUGGUGGCCAAUCCCCUUUACGUGCCUGGGCUACCAGAAAUUCUUCUCGCCGCGGUGAAGGAUGAAGGACUGUGUGCCUCAUAUGAUCCAUCUUGCGAGAUUGAAUCGUCUCAAUCCCCCACGAACCGUCCUACCCCAUCUCACAAUAGCCAGGCCGACUUUCUCUUUGCCCUUCCCGCGGAAAUUCGGCUCAUGGUUAUCGACUAUUUAAGCUCUAGUGAUAUUACUAGUCUAAGUAUUGCUUCUAAGGCAUUCACUGAACUCCCCAACACUGUGUGGUACAGACUGGUACGCAGAGAAAUGCCCUGGUUAUGGGAAGCCUGGGAUGAAUCAGAAUGCAUACACAAACCUUUGCUCUGGACAAAUGUAACAACAGCCGAUAUCAAGUCUGUAAUCAGAGCACGAGAUAUCUAUGCUAGGGCUUUGUGUGAAGAUUUUCACACCGAGCAUGCCGCCGAGAGAGUUGCCGAAUACCGAUUUCCCCUGUCAGUGAUCAUGCCGGAACAGGUGAAAUUACCUAGAGUGAACACUGAUUGGUGUCAUGUACUUGUGCAAAUCCAACUCAAUUGGGAUAAGCUCAAGGGGUUGCGGAAUCGACAGCGGAUCUGGAUCGAUGUGGAGGAGGUUGUGAGGCGUAUUCGCAAGCUUGAUGCAUAG